UUUACCAACACAGUCUACGCCUAUGGAAAAUUAUGUCAAUCUGCAUUUUAGCAGCCCACACGUGUUCCUACAUAUGUUUUUAUUAUUUAACGAAAUCUGAAAAUGCGAGCAUAAUUUCUCAUAGUUCAAGGAUAUCGUACAGUAGGCAACCGAGCACGUUGCAAAUAAAAAAAUCGUAGGUGAUUUCAGUCAAAACUGCGCAUUUAAUUACAACCAGAUUCGUGCAUCCUGUAACAUAUGGAAAGCGAAAACGUGAAGGAACGACUAAAUUCCCUGCUACAGAAGAAGUUAUCCGAAAAUGAACGCAAAUCUAUCGAGGCGGAAAAUUUGUCUACGUCAAAGGAAGUCCAAGAGGAUCCCGUCAAUAAAAAAUUGAAAAAGCAGGAACGCGACGAGAAAAACCUGGAAGUUGAAGAUCCGUCAUUCGCAUCAGCUGAUUUGUUUUCGCAGCACUUACUACACGAUAUUCUAAUUGAGAAAAAAAGAGCGUUAUUAAGAAAUAAGGAGGUUGUCGAAUUUAUACGUAGCAAAAUUAAAGAUUAGAAAUCGUCCAAUGUAACCACAGCUGCCUGAAGUGAGUGAUAAAGAAGGCGAAUAUUUAUCGUUUUUUUUUGCACAAAACUGGCAUUGGCAUUUUUUAGCGGCCGUUCGUAGCGAAAAUGUCAGUGUAGCACGCCACUGUUUCUUCCCCCACCAGCGUCUGUUUUCUGAAAGAAGUGAAAGAUGGAAAAAAUAUCAAGAUAAUGUGAACUCUAGCAGCUUUUGUUUUGGAAAUAC